AUGACUGCAUUUUCAACCAAUUCGAUCCAUGGCGGUGACCAUCUCAAGACCACCAACGAUGUAAUUACACCAAUUCAUGUCACCACGACUUACUCUUACUCGUCAAACCCUGAUGAGCUUAUUCCAGGUGGGUUGACAGAUCCCAACACUUUGGUGUAUUCUCGUGAAAACCAUCCCAAUGCUGCACAGAUUGAAGCUAUUGUUGAAUCUAUUACAGGGUAUCCAACAGUUGUGUACAAUUCUGGUUUAAGUGCAUUCAAUGCGUUGAUUACUCAUGUUAAUCCCAAGACGUUGGCUAUUGGAGAUGGAUACCAUGGCUGUCAAGGCAUUGCCGAUAUCUGGAAACGUAAUUUUGGCCUUCAUCAAAUCCACAUCAACGAUGAAGAGGUUGCUCCUGAUGGUAAAAGUAGCAAGUGGGAUUCAGUUAAGCAAGGUGAUUUAGUGCAUUUGGAAACGCCAUUGAAUCCAUAUGGUACGUAUUUUGAUAUUCGCAAGUAUGCCAAAUUAGCGCACGAUAGAGGUGCGCUCUUGUCGGUGGAUGCAACGUUUGCCCCACCACCGUUAUUGGAUCCUUUCAAGUUUGGUGCUGAUAUAGUGAUGCAUUCAGCAACCAAGUUCUUUGGUGGUCAUUCUGACUUGCUUGCUGGGUUGCUUUUGGUGAAGGACCAGGAAGUCAAGAAGAGUUUGCUUUUGGACAGGUUGGUUCUUGGCUCUAAUAUUGCCAAUUUGGAGUCGGCAUUGCUUGUUCGUAGUUUGAGGACAUUUGAAUUGCGUGUUGCUCGUCAAUCCAAGUCGGCCGAGACUAUAGUCAAAUUUCUUGACUUGCAUAAAAAGGAUUUUCCGGUAUUGGAUGUACUCCAUCAUGGAUCACUUCAACAACAAAAUGAUGAGAAGGAGAAGGAAUGGAUUACGGAGCAAAUGCCCAAUGGCCACACCCCUGUUUUUUCAAUUGAGUUGACUUCAGAAGACCAGGCUAAACUGUUGCCUUCAAAGUUGAAGUUGUUUCGUCAUGCUACGAGUCUUGGUGGUGCAGAGAGUUUGAUUGAAUGGAGGGCUAUGAGUGAUGAUCAUAUUAGUAAAAAGUUGUUGAGGUUAUCUAUUGGUUUAGAGGAUCCAAGAGAUCUUUUGGAAGAUUUGGUGAGAGGAUUAUUGGCAGUGGGUGGAGAAAAAGAGGCGGAUGUUUUGAUUGAGGAGAUUAAGAGCUUGAAAAUAUAG